AACAAAGAGGCUAUAAUCCUUUAACUUCAAAUUACUUAAUGUUAGAAAUUAACUGUGCAUUUGAUGCUAGAAAAUCUAAACACUCUUCUGUUCCCACUGCAAUUGAAAACAAAGCGAUUCUAUCUGUCUGCAGUGAACUAUACAAAGGUAAUGAUAUGAUACACAUUAUAGCUUCAGAUAUCGCAUGGAAUAAUGUAUCUUCUGGAAAUAAGAAUAAUACUCCAGAACAAACAACGGAUAACAGAAAGAAGUGCAAUCAAGAUUUGUUGAAUUUCGAAGAUAGAUGUAGGAAUAAAAAACCUAACAAAACAUCAGUGCAAACACCAAUAACUGAAAUCGAACAAAAUAAUAAUACAACUUAUGAAACUUGUGAAAAUGAAUCGGAUGGCAAAUCAGAAAAUAAUACUGAAAAAGAAAAUGAAUCAAAAUGUAGUGAAAUUCAAAAUGAAACAGAAAAAAAUACUAAUCAAAGAGCUGAAAAAUUAAAAUCAGUAUUGAGAAAUGCUAAAAAUAGUAAACUUAAUAUAA